UUGAUCGGCUCCGCAAAAGACAUUUACUCCGCGUCGCCAUCGUGCACAGUAUAUUUGAAUCCAAAAACUAGUUUAUUUUGAGCCUUGUCGCGCGGCUUUUGACGUAGUCCUGUAAAUAUCCGACGGCCAAUAAAUGUAUUUUAAAAAAACAUGUCGGCGGUGUGGAACAGACAACACGUCAUGCCCGGAUCAGACGACGAGACAAAUUUGCUCUUUCGCGCUUGCACUAUGGCAGACUACUGCAAUAAAACCUUGUAUUGCGAUAGCAUAGCACCGCAUCCCGUUUUUGACGAUCAUUGGGCUUUAUCUGGUCAACUCAAAUGCGACCGGAUACACUCGUUACCGUGGCGACGACAACAAGAGUGGAGCGAGCUGACUUUGUAUUAUGAGGACAAAAAAGGGGGAAAACGUGCGUCGGUGGUCACCGGUGCUCAGGACAGCCUUAGACGUUGGUUUAAGGCUCGCUUGAGGUGAUCUGCCCGUUGCUUAGCAACCCCGCCAACGAGGCCGGCUGGGCUCCGGGCGCGGCCGAGGAGACGCUGGACUUGAUGGAGAGGCUCAAGAACCGAGCGCUCGUCGUCAAGGCUCAGAAGGAAGGAUGGACUUUCCUGCCGCUUCCCAAACGUCUCCAUGACGACCAGGAGAGGACGCCUUGCGACGUGAAGCUCCUCCACGCCUGCGAGGGGCUCAUCGUGGAGUGGGCGGGGCUGGUGUCGGACUUCCUGCGGCAGAACCCGGCCCGGCCGCUCGCGGAAGGACUCGAACCGCGACCUUCCGAGGAGUUCGACUUCUGGAGCAACAGACUGCGGAACCUGGAGCUCAUCCUGCAGCAGAUGACGAGCGGCGGCGCCCGGCGGGUGGCGUCCUUGCUCGGGUCCGCCGAGGGGGCGUACCGCUCCGCCUUAAAAGACAUGCACGCGGACGCGCAAAAAGGUACGAAACGAAACGAAAGCCACGUCGGCGGCCGAGCGGCGACGUCGUCUCGGCUGACAUUUGACCCCGCAGGACUGGCAGAGGCCCAGGACGCCGACGACAACCUUCGACCUCUGCGGUGCGAAGUGGAGCGACUGGAGCUGCUGGAGUACCCGCAGGUAAAAGGUGAACGCGGGUCACGUGACGUGCGAUGUCACUCAAGCGCCUGUGACCGACAGCUGCGGGACAACAUGGCCGCCGUGAUGCAGACGGUGCGCCGGCUGUGGAUCGGGUCGCGCUUCCACUGCAAACCGUGCUGGAUCGUGGUCCUGCUGCAGGAGAUCUGCAACCUCUUCAUCCACCGGAGCAGGGAGUUCCUGAACGGACAGGAAGUGAUGCGCGGCCUGGUUUCGGACCCCGCGCGGGUUCUCGACGACGUCCGAGUGGUGACCUUGACUUUGCAGACUCUCAAGGACAAAUACAUCCAUCACAGAAUGCUCCUGGAACAGCAGGUCUCGGCUCACUUUUCACAGUUUCGCGACUUGCGACCGCGCGACACGAGUCAGCUUCGCGGGACACGCGGUCACGCUCAUUCGGGCCAAAGGAAAACACUCACAAGGAGCGUGGACCCGACGCCCCCGCGCUAAACGGCUAACCCGAACCGCUCCCGCUCCUGACGGUCGCUCACGAGGCCCCGCCCCUUAAAGGCGAAGGGGCGUGUGCCUUUAAGCGGAGUGAAAAAAUAUAUUUCUUAACCGAAAAUAUAUUUGGCGGGGGC